UGGACCAAUCAGGGCCUUGCAAAUCAGUUUCCAUGUCCGCCGCAUAAACACCCGGUGGUUACGGCGUUUUUACGAGAGAUUCUCCAAUUUUAGAUAAGAGGAGACACCAUGUCUCGAGCACAGGCAGAGAGUGUCAUUAAGAACAUCAUCCGAGAGAUAGCCCAGGAGUGCGCCAGUAAGGGACAGGCAGUCUCGGAGACGUUGGUGGCUUUUAUGGUGAAAGCAGUGGUUUUGGACCCAAACAAUGAAUUCAAUGUAGACAGAACUUUAACCAAGGAUGAUGUGCAGAAGCUUAUCAAGAUCUGUGUGGAACGACUACUGGACACCCGUUCCCCUGCACUGGACACAGUCAAGAUGCAGGUGUACUUUGACAUGAACUACACCACCAGAGCUGAUUUCCUGGAGGAGCAUCGCAGGGUGCUGGAGCAGCGUCUGCAGCCCGUGGUGCGUGACAUCACGGACAGCCGUGCACGUACGCGGGAGGAGCUGGAGAGUCUGUACCGCAAGAUUGUGUCCGCUGUGCUGCUCCGCUCAGGCUUGGGAUCUCCAACAGAUAUCGCUGUUGUCAGAGAGGCAACAGCUGCCCUGCAGAGUGUGUUCCCCCAGACAGAGCUGGGUACGUUCAUGUCGCUGGUGAAGAGAGACAAGGAGCGCCAGCUGAAGGAGCUGACUCUUAUCGUUACCGGGAUCCGGCUCUUCAACAAGGAGUGUGGCAAGGGCGGAGAGGGCAUCGAUGAUUUGCCUGCCAUCCUGAAUGAAGCCGUCCCAGCGACCACACAGAAUGUGGAUGCAGAGAUCCAGAUCACCACACGGAUGGCUCACAAAUACACGGCUCUGAUAGAGAAGAUGCAGGCUGACCCCACCCUGGAGGGCCCCUCCCUACAGCUGCUGAAGGAGUCUCUCAUCAACAGUCGGCAGCACGAGGCCUUCCUCAGGAUUCUACUGAAUGAUGUGAUUGGCUGUGCCCAGCAAGUGGAACUUCUGGAGUCCCAGCUGGCUACCCGGAUGGAACAGUUGAAGGACACAGUGCGCUCCAAGACUGCUGUCCCCACCUCUCAUGUCUAUCCCCAGUUCAUCGCGCUGGCCCACCUGUGGAGCGGCUUCCAGGACGAGAUGGUCCUACUGAGCGUGCUCAGUAACAUCCUGGCCAGCCUGGAGCCCUUCACCAAGACUCACCGCGAGAUGUUCACAGAGGAGGUCCUGGCGCCCUUCCUGGGAGACGUGGAGGUCAGAGGUGACGAGCAGAGGAUCCGAGAGACCACUGGUAUGGAGUUCAGAGUGGACCCGUCUGAGUUCAGAAUCAGGGAGGGUAUCGAGUUCCUCUUCCCAGAGACAACCAAGAACUUUGAGAAGCUGCCACUCCAGUAUAGGGGGUACUGUGGUUUCACGCUGGUUGCCAACGACCGUCUGCUGUUGCCAGGCAACCCGGAGAUCGGUGUUCUUCACUAUCGCGAGAACUACUACGUCUUCACCUCCAAACAGGCUGCUCUGGAGUUUGCCAAGGAUCCUGACAUUUUUAUCCUACAGGUGGCAGAGUGUGCCAAGAAGUCCCCAGAGUUGAUCCAACUACUGGAACUCCACCAACAGUUUGCCACCAUCACUCCUUAUGCACAGGGAGACCAGGGCAGAAUGAUUGAGAAGCCGGUAACGAAGUGUGACAGCGGCACACAGACGGACACGCACUUCAUGGAGUCCAACAUCGUCAAGUCGUACGAGUGGAACGAGUGGGAGCUACGCAGGAAGGCCAUCAAACUGGCUAACCUGCGGAAGAAGGUGACCCACUCCCAGCAGACCAACCUGAGCAACAUGAGAAGAGACAACGUCACUCAAGUCUACCUGCCCAAGGACCAAGGCUCCCAGACCAAGACAGAGGACGGCACCAACGUGCCCAAACCACAGGUGUACCUGGCCGGCCUGCGAGGGGGCGGAGUCAAGCCCACAGAAAUGGUCAAGGUCGACCUCACCAGGGACGUGGAUGAGGACAUGUAAAGGUCAAAGUCAAAUGACUAGAAAAACAAGCUUCUUAAUUAAUCACCUUGUGGAUCAACUGUCUGUUAUGACGGAAUCAUCUGUUGUUCAUUACAAUCAGUCAGUUAUAGUCGGAACUUUGUGAAGCUAGCAUAACACAGCUUGGAUGUCUCUUUAUGGAAACAAAUCUACACAAAUAUAUGUAUACAGUGGUGUAUAUUUACUGUGGGAUUCAAUCAGAUUAUAUGGCAAAAAGAGUCAUCGUCAUGUGCCUGUGAGUUUUAUGAUCUGUAGAUAUUAUAAAGUGUGUGAUAUGCAAAUGUUAUUUUCUAUGGUCUGCUGUGCUCUUAAUGAUUAGUGGUACAUAGUUUGUCCAAUAGUAAAACGUUGUACAAAUAAAAGAACAAAGUACUGUGA